CGCCGAUCGCCUACUGUCUCCAAUCAUUUUUGUAUUCGCGACUUUUGUGCCUUGUUUAGCUGGAAUGGUUGCUUACGAAGCGGCUCAGAUGUCCCAUGUCAUGCCUUACUUGAAGAGCUGGCAAAGCAAACUGGUGCCACCAUUUCUUCUAGUACUCCAUUUAACAAGAAUAAUUGUACUCUCACUUAAGGGGCAAAAUUUCAUCGAUGAAUCGAACAACUUAUCAAGUAUUUUCUCUUCUUGCGAAGAUAACAGUUUCUCUGAAGAAGCGAAAUUUCAGAUUGAAGAGCUUCUCUUGAAAGAGAAGUAUUUUCCUGUGACUCUAACUGCAUACGAAUUCAUGUCUCUGUCCAAAGCUUUUCUCGCAACAGUUAUUGGCACCUUGCUUACAUACCUCAUCAUUCUUAUUCAGCUAACACCGGAUCCUUGCGAGUAGCAGGAAGUCUGAAAAGCAUAAAUUAAAGGACUUUUUAAACUGAACUAUUUUCAGUUAGCACAUAUUUCAUGCCAAUGGAGUUCAUGCCAAUGAUAUCAGUACGACAGUACUCUUUUGUACUGUCGUACUGAUAUCAUUUUUCACUAUCAGUGAGAUUUCUUAAACCAAUUCUAGUUUUCAUUAAGUAUGCUAAUAUUCAUUUGAUCCUGUAAGAUAGUGAUCUCAAACUUAAAUUGCAUGCAGCCGAAGGCACAAUCUGUAAAUACUAUUAACAAAGCCAAAAGCAUUUUAUGUAAGUUUUAAAUUUCACUCACUAAAUAUUUAUCAAGACUUUUAUAAGCGAUAAUAAUAAUACCGAAAAGGUAAAAAUAUCAUAUUUGUAAUUAUUUUCUACCUGAAAUCUAAAGAUUGGUAUGAGUGAAAGAUUUCUGUUGGUUAAACAUCGUAAUUCAAGUACGGGGGUCAUAAAAAACUUCCCCGAUUAUAAGAAUAACUAGCGGCCUAUCCGCUCAACCAACCGAAAUGAAGUUUCUGGUAUUGUUAUUUGCGGGGAUGUAAUGAUUUAAAAGAAUAGAGCUGUCAUAGUUACAGUUACAGUGAAAACAUUUUGAAAUUUUCGAAUAAGAACAUUCAAUUUUUUCCCGCGUAGACUGAAAAACCAUAUAUGGAACUAUGACAUCCUCAGUAUAUAACCAUUUAUGGAACCAUAUAUGAACACGUAUGGCGAAAAUCGCUAGCGUACCUCUAUAAUAGCGUACCUCUAGUAACAUUUGCAAAGAAGAGCAUUGUAAAGGACCAAUGACAACAAAAAGAGAAAGCGCAUUGACGCACCUUGCAUAAUUCACAGAGAUAGACAGUAAAAGAACUACAUCGCUGAACACUACGCGCAAAAUAUUAAUUGUGGGAAACAUUUAAUAAGCCCUGUGGGAAAAUUCUUUCUUUAGUUAGGUGUUCGGGCAUGCUAACAACUUACAGGGAAAUAAGGAGUUAAAUUGACAUAUCUGUUUUAUCUUAACCCGGAAAAUGUUGUCGAAGCAGUAUGAGUUCAUCAGUGAAAUCAGAAGCUAAGACGAUAUAAAAACUUACGUACUAGUAAAAAAAUUUGAAGAACCUGGAUGCACAUGUGACAGACCGUGAUCCGAACGAUUAUGUGGUCCUGUUGAAGUUGUUGCGGAAAUGCAUAAUAUGAUUACUGCACGUCCAUUGCCAUACUACAAGAAGUAUUACCCGCGAUUUGGAUGUAUGGAAAAACCACACGCUUCAAACUUCUAUUGUCUGUUUUGCAGAUAUUUCCUUAUCGAUUGAUGUUGCAACCCUCACAUGUUGCAACUUGGAGACCAGCAACAACGUGUCGACUUUGCGAAUUUUGUUCUCAUCACAUAUGGCUAAGAAAACAGGUGGCCGCUGUGAAUACUACGCAUUUCUCUUUAACUGGGAACGUAAACUCCAAAAAUCAUGUUCCCUGAGCUGACGAAAAUCCUCAUGAUGUGGUACCAGCGCCUUUACACGAAGCUGAAGUGAUUGUAUCGUGCUGCAUGGAAAGAACAUUCGUUCUUAGUCCUUACUUCUUCGAAAAGGUCACUUUCACAGGUAUGAAAAGGAGGUCCAUCACAAGUUCUCGGUAUACAACUAUGUUCCAGAAUUACAGCAGCGAAAUGUCGUUAAUGACAGUGUUUGGAUGUCAGAUGAUGCUUUUCCACACGUCGUCAUAUGUUUCCGGUAAGUUCUGCAGCAACACUUUGGAGAUAGAGUCAUCUUCCGUAACUUUGCAGUUUCAUGGCUACCGCAAACCCCAACCUCAUUCCGAUGGAUUUCUAGUACUGGUUUAUAAGAAAUCUGAGGUAUACUCAUCAAAUCUACUAAACUUGUCAGAACUGAAUGAUGCCAUAAAACUUAAACUUAUACGAUGUCACGUUUGCCAUUGUUGUCAACAAUCUCCUGCACGCAAUGUGUUAUCAUCUGCAAAUGUGGGUUUGUUGAAAUCUUGUAAUUCCGAUAAAUUUUCCCCCCCUCUUGUCUAUUUUAUUAUCCUUUACAAUGCUCUUCUUUGCAAAUGUUUUGCGGUGGCAAUUUUUCAUACGUGUUUCGUUUCAACCUCGUUUAUGGUUUUUAAAUGCGCUGAUGAGUUUAAGCAGGAAAACAGUUGUGUUGUCAUUCGAAAAUUUAGAAAUGUUUUCAUUGUCUCCGUACCAGAGAGAUCACUACUGUUUUAAAUCAUCGCAAUCUCGAGCGCUUACCUUCAAAUAAUAAUAUCUGAAAUUUUAUUUCGAUUCUUUGAGCAGAUAUGCCGCUACGGGGUUUAUAGGUAGGGAAAGAUUUUUAUGAUCAUCCUGUAUAUCGAAAGCUAAAUAUCAAAUUAAAAUAGACUAACAUUUCUAUCAAAUAAGUCUAACUUUUUUAGUUCAUCUUUAAAUAACUUACUUUAAUUUAAACUAAAAAUGAAGACAUUAAGAAAAAUGUUUAAAUUUUCGGAAAACAUUUAUCCAUUGUAGGUAAACUUGAGAAUAAAUAACAAUAAUCCAGUCUCUUAUUUUUUUUUUUUUUCCAAUGGCAGGCUCUUAGAUGUUUAAAGGUGCUGGCCGCUACUGUGGUUGGAAGCGGUGUUCUCUUUAUUAUGGAGGCACAUAGCAGGUAGGUCACCGUUGCCUCCGAUGCAAGGACGAACAAAUUACAUGCAUGCCUUCUACGGGAUUCGAACCCAGGCCCUUCGGAAGGGCAGUUAGAGUCAUUAACCACUUUUCUGCCUAGGCGGAAUCUCUUUCUUAUAUUUACUAAACUUUUAUUCGGCUCAGAAAUAAAGAUACAAAUGCUUGUAUGUAAAUAAUUAUAAACCUCUUUAUUUCUUACUAUAGCUUAACACUAAAUUGCGUUUCAGUUCUAAUAAAGACCUUGGAGAGGAGUAACAAGAAAUUUUCUUCAACACGAGUUGUGUACGCCCAUCGGUGCAUCGGGUUCUCUUCUUAUAAAUUUUCAACAGCGAAAAAAACCUGUUCACGUAUAAAUGCAUUCCCAAACAAAGAGAUCAUUCUUAGUUCCAAAAUUCGUAACUGAGCUUAUUUAUUUUUCGACAAGUAUGAAUAAAAGUUUAAUAAAAUCUGUGCCUUCAAAUCUUUGAAUGAGAUUUAUAUCACAUUGUAAAUUAAUUAGCUCUAUUUAUAGAUUUUCUGGUGCAUUGUUCAUGUUUGUUUUUGAUGGAAAUGAAAAUGAUAUAAACUCGGAAUUCAAAGAACUAAAAUCUUAAAAUCUUUGCAACGCCGUAUUUGCAGCUAAUACAUAACUGCAAUGUCUUCGCGAGCCAUAUAAAGUUUCUUCGGCCACGUACGGACAUUGGCUGCCAGUUUGAGACUACUGGUUUAAGACAUGAAACUUAUGGAAUCGUGUAGAUUUCUCUUACCAUGUUAUGUAAAGCUUGAAGUUUGCAAACCAGUUAAAAUUUCUUUGUUUGGAUCCUGCUGUAUCUAUUAGAAUGUGAUCAUGCAUGACACAGUUUUCAGAAAUUUGUACACUAUUUCACUCUUUCUAAAUAAAUCGCUUCAAUGCAAUGAUUAAUUAAUAUUCCAGUUGACCACACUAUGUUUCAUUAUACUUGUGUUAUGAAUUUACAAAUAAUUCUUCUAGAUUUAGAUGAAGUUUGAAA